AUGCAAACUGCCGAAGUUCCACCUCCGAGCCCUUCCUUUGAGCCCAACGAUAGCCCCGAUGCGAUUGACUACACGCAGAAUAUCUCGACUUUGCUGCGCACAAGCACCAAGAGAGCCCACAACGCUGUCCACCACUCAGAGCUUGCCGGCAAACUGCUUCGUGGCGAACUCCCAAAGAAUGAAUACAUCUAUUUUAUGAUGCUCUUAUGGAGGGUCUACAAUGCGAUCGAAGAAGGGCUAGAGACCCAUUCGACAAACCCGGUGCUGGCACCAACAUACCGACCGGCGUUGCUAAGCCGAGCAGGCUGUCUCUCCGCAGACAUCGCAUACUUACUCGACACGACCGAAGACGCAUGGCAAUCAACGCCCCUUUACCGCUCCCUCAUCUCCGCUCCCCCCGCAGGCUUGCGCGAUUACGUCGCUCAUUUGGAGCAACUUGCCGUUUCCAAGGACUCGACUGACAACUCGCGGCUCUUGGCGCACGCAUAUGUGCGGUACCUUGGAGAUUUGAGUGGCGGUCAGAGUAUUCGUAAUCGAAUGGCCAAGGCAUAUGAUCUUCCCGAUACCGGGGCCGGUGCGAGCUUCUACGAUUUCGGCUCGGCAGGAAUGAAUGAAGCUGUUGGCGACGACAGGGCAUUGAAAGAGGCGCUUGUCCAAGAAGCGAACCUGGCCUUUGAUUUCAACCGACGCAUCUUUGAGGAUGUCGCAACCGCCACAAAGGACACCGAGCCCUCCGACUAUACCUCCCAGUCCAAAGUGGUGUUUGAUGACUCCCAGGCGCCAGAAGAGAAUACCUACCCUAUCUCGUCGGUCGUGGCAUUUGUCAUGGCUCUUGCACUUGCUCAUUUCACACUCGUUGUGGGUGGCUUUACCGGAGCUAGGGGAACUGAGAAGUUCGAGAGCUUUGUACUCUGGCUCAGGGGAAUUGCUGGUCAAUCAUGA